AUGAUAGCAUAUUAUAGUUUAAUUCAGUACUUUCUAGUGUGCUUUCUGGCACUAAAACAUGAACAAUGGAAAAUAAUCAAUCAGACGGUACAACAAAUAAUAAAUAAAUAUUCAUUUACAAAUAUGGAACAUUCUACAUGGAAUCCAAUAAUUUAUAUUGACAAUUAUCGUAUUGUUGAUGAUCAACAAAUUUCAGAUUAUGAAAAUAUAUUCAUGGCAACCUAUUUAAUAAGAGAAGAAAACUAUUACGACAAAUUAUCAUCUCAAUCAAAAUAUGAAUUAUUAGACAAUAUUAAUGAUAAUAAUGAUUCUUCUAAUGCAAAAACAUUAAUUCGACAAUUUCAAUCCAAGUCCAACAAUGAUAAUAAUAACAGUAAUAAUAAUAAUAGUAAUAGUAACAAUAGUAAUAAUAAUAGUAAUAGUAAUAAUAAUAACAAUAUUAAUAAUGGUAACAGUAAUAAUAAUAAGACCAAUGGUAAUAAUGGUAGUAGUAAUGAUAAUAACAAUAUAAAUUGUAGUAAUAGUAAUAACAGUAAUAAUAAUGGUAGUAAUAAUAAUAGUAAUAGUAAUGAUAAUAGUAAUGGUAGUUAUAAUAAUAACGGUAAUAACAGUAAUGGUUAUAAUGAUAGUAAUAGUCAUAAUAAUAACAGUAACAAUAAUAAUGGUAAUAGUAAUAGUGGUAGCAGCAACAAUAAUAAUAACAGUAUUAAUAAUAAUAGUAAUAAUAAUAACAGUAAUAGUAAUAAUGGUAAUAGUAAUAACAGUAUUAAUAAUAAUAGUAAUAAUAGCAAUAGUAAUAAUAAUGAUAACAAUAAUAAUGGUAUUAGUAAUAAUAACAGUAAUAAUAAUAGUAAUCUGACUAUAACCAAUAUUUGGCAACAAUAUUUAUUACUUAAUAAAAUACGAAAAUGUUUAUUAUAUAAAAAAGAAAAUUUUUUUAUUCAUGAUGAUAAUGAAACAAAAUUAAUUAAUAACGAAAAAGAAAAAAAAUUUUUUAUUUUAUAUUCAACAAAUCAAAAAAUUAAUAAUAAUAAAAAUGAAAAAUUAAAAAAUCAUUAUUAUUUUACAAAAAAAUUAGAACAAUCAGAAGUGAUAUUGAAUGAAUUAUCAUUAGAUAGAUAUACACAGAAAUAUAUUGAAGGGUUACAACGUAUUGAUUUAAAAUGUGAAAAACUUGAAUAUAUGAUUAAAUCAAUGAAAGAUACCCUUACCUUACAAAUGGCUACUUAUCAGAAACAUAAAGAAAAACUUGAUAAUGAAAUAAUGAAAAAAUGUAAAAAUUUCCCAAUGAAGGAGUUCAAUGAUAUUUCAAAGGAAACUACAUUAUCUUCGGAUGUAGCGAAACAAUUCACAAAUUCACUCAAAACAAUCUUGGGACGUAAACAAUAUUUCCAAAUUAUUAAGACUUUUGAUUUGGAGAAUUUUUACAAUCAAAUGAGUGUAAGCCAGCGUUUAGCCCAAACUACUUUCAAACAAUGGAAAAAGCUCAGAGAAGAGAAACAUACAAUAGAGCUACACUCAGAAUAUAUUCGUUUAAAGAAGAAUAAUAAAAUUCAUCAUAACUUAUGGAAAUAUGAUAUACCUGACACAUUGAAGACGAUUGAACUUGAAGUAACUGACUUUGAGAAUGCUAUGAAAGCUAUUGAUAAAAGACUGAAAAUUGAUAGUGGGAAUUUUAAAAUAACAGAUAUUUUAGAAAUAUUUACCGGUUGGUAUUUAGAUAUCAGUUUAUUUAUUGUAUUGGCUGCUUUGGCUGAAAGAUUUUACGGUUUAGAAUCAAUUGUUGGUAAUAAUGUACAUAAAAUUGGUACACAAUCAUUGUGUAUGAAAAUAAGGAAAGCAAGAGAAUUAUUCAUACUAAUCGGAGGAUUGGAUAGAAAACAAUAUUUUCAACAAUCUUAUAUUUUUGAACCAAUUAUCAAAUUAGGAAGCAAUGAAACAACCAAUAAUACAAAUCCAAGCGAUGGUGACCCAGCUUCAUCAAUUCGUUCUUAUAAUAAAUCAACUUUUCAAAAAUCUAAUCCAUUUGGACAUAUUGAAUUGAAAGAUUUAAAGGUAUUCUUUCAUGCUGCUAAUAUAUCACAAGUUCAUGUACAAGAAUUGAUUAUUACUUUAGAUAGUAAACAGCAAGGAAUAAUUGAUUUUGUCACAUUUCUGGAGUAUCUUCCCCUUUUUGUUGAAUCCCAUCAACAUAUUAUAUAUAAUCCAUAUAUAAAUAAAAAUAUAUUCAAUGUAUAA